AUGACAAGAACGUGUUGGACUUGUACAUCACGCUGGGGCAGAUCGAGGACAGGGCGCUGCAGGAACUUCCUCGACAAGGCGAGGGAACUUGGCAGAUCCCUCCAGAGAACAGCCUGUGCACGCUGGUGGGUCAUUGCCGAGUUCAUGCACUGCGACGUCGGAACUUCCGAGACGGCCGUCGGCCUGAAGCCACGCUACGACUCCUUGUUGUCCUUCGGGCCUUUCGGGGUUGGCGAUGCGGAGGUGGAGCACUUUGCCCGGGCAGCUGUGAGGUUGGAGCUCCAAGCCUUCUCGACUGUGGGCUCUGCUUCCUAUGUCUUGGGCAGAGCCGCACUCCCUUUGGCUGCCUUGUUGGACUGCACCCCACAGGAUCCCAACCCGGUGAUUGCUGGCACGCUGUCCUUCGCAUACGAGGCCGACACGCAUGUGCAAAUUGCAACCGUCCGGUACAAGGCAAGAUGGCGAAAGAGCAUCAUCAAGCCGCUGGAGACGUACACGAUCACUCGUGGCAUGUCUCCAGUUGCAGCUGUUGCUGCUGUCGCAGAGGGCGCAGGGCCAGGCACAGCUGCUGCUCCUGGGUUGAUGGAUGCUGCGAAGGGGCUCAUCGUCCACAUCUACCACGUGACUUCAUUGGUCCCUACACAGCCCGGUGUGGCGGCAGAGAGCCUGCAGCCCUACGUGACGUACGAGGUCCCUGGGCACAAGGCCCACUUCACCCAAAGCGGCAGCGGACCCAACGUCACCUUCGAGGAUGCCAGGCGGAUGGUCGUGCGCGUGGACAGCGACUUCUGCAGGUGGGUGCAGAACGCUGGCGGACUGCACUUCCUGGUCUUCGACGCGUCGAUGCCAGCAGCGGGCGACUCCGAGGAACAGCUCGGCCUCAUCGGCGAAGCCCGGGUUCCGCUGGACCAGUCUCAGUACAAUCGCGCGUCGGGCUCAGCUUGGUGCUGGCAUGCGCCACGCGUUCUGACCGCACUGAUCACAGCUACAUGGCACUGCAGGAAUCCUGUCGAAGGGGAGAGCCAGCGGAGAGAAGGUAACCACGAGCUUCCGCCUGUUGGAUACAUCGAGCUGUCGGUUUCAUGGCAGGAUGAUCCCAGCUCCGUCCUCGCGCCGGGCGUCAUCGGCUUGUCUCCUUUCGAGGCUGAUCGUGGAAGCAUCACGGAGGAGCAAUUCCAGGUGCUGUGGCAGCGUGUCAUCCGCCGCCUGCACGUGCUUAAGCUCGCUCCGGUGGACUGGUUCCACAAGCACGAUGUGGACCAGGACGGCUUCUGGUCAAAAGCAGAGUUCACGGCCGCGCUCUCGAGCAUGCCUUUGGGCUUGUCGGCCCUGGAGACGGACUACAUCUUCAACUGGACGGACCGGCGAAGGCCUUUGGGCCUUUCUUCCGUGUGCGUUUUGUGUGGGGUGGGCGACAGUUGA